AUAAUGGCGUACAAAAUCGGAGUGUUGCUGAUAUCUCUCUUCGUCGGGAGUUUAGCACUCCCCCACUUACAGACUCCAGAUGACUUGUCCAUCUUCUUCGACCACACGGACCCGAGCGCCCGGAUCGUGGGCGGUUCGCAGGCGCCAGAAGGCAGCGUGCCCUACAUGGUGGCGAUGUCGCAGGGGCUGCUCGUCCGAUCCUUUAUGUGCGGGGGCUCUGUCAUUGCUCAGAGGCUCGUGCUCACGGCCGCGCAUUGCAUUGAAGCUGCCUUUAGCUUUGGAAGUCUGGCUACCUCUCUCCGCGUGACCGUUGGCACUAACCGUUGGAACCUCGGCGGGCAGACGUACGCCCUGGAGCGCAACGUGACCCACCAGCACUACGUGUCGAACCUCAUCAAGAAUGACAUAGGUUUGCUGGUGACGACGACGGACAUCGUGUUCUCGAGCGCCGUGAGGCCUGUGGCGCUGGCGUUUGAUGAGGCCGGCGCUGGUGUAGCGGCCAGGGUCGCGGGAUGGGGCAGGAUUAGGGCAGGAGGCGCUAUCUCCACCGUGCUUCUGGAGCUGUACACGGAAACCAUGGACGACCAGCUCUGUGUGGAUGAAGCAGCGAAAGCUGCCAUAGACUGGAAGGAACUGUACAACGUGGACGCACCUCCCGUGGACCCUGUUCUCGAGAUCUGCACCUUCCACUCUGACGGACACGGCAAUUGCAACGGCGAUUCAGGCAGCGCGCUAGUGCGCACAGACACCCAGCAACAGAUCGGCAUAGUUUCGUGGGGCUUUCCCUGCGCGGUGGGCGCUCCCGACAUGUUCGUACGUGUCAGCGCGUAUAGGCACUGGAUAUUCGAGAAUGCCGUGUAAUAACUACCUUAUUGGCUGA